GUAGAGGGGGUUGAGAUCUCCCCUGAGCCUCGUUUUCUUAAGGCUGUACCUCAGCUGCUGCUCACAGGACUCACUUCAUCUUCCUGGCUUUUUUGUGGGUGUUUCAAUCUCUAGUGACGGAUUCACAGAAAUUAUUUCCAGCUUGUGUUUUGUGGGGCCUAAGACCAGCUGGGCCAAGUGCACCUCAGACAGAGGACAGCCACAGAAUACAUCCAGCUACAUCAGAGACACAAGACUUGGUGUUUGGGAACAUCCUCUCUUCACCAGGGUAACCAACUCCCAGAAGACUCCAACGCAAGGGAUUUCUCCUUCUCUCAUCCUGCCUCUCUCUUCUGCAUCUUGCACAAGCCCUGCAGUUUCAAGGUUUGCUGCUGUCUCAUCUAUGAGGGGGUCAGAGCUUCCCUCUAAGGGGAUGGAUCCCCAGACAGAGAGACCCAAGAAAAUGAACACAGAACAUCUAAUUGCUGACAGGCAGGAAGGAAUUGGUGUCUGUGGCUGGAUCCUGGUUUCACUUUCAUUCCUUCUGGUGCUUAUUACCUUUCCUAUUUCCAUCUGGGUGUGUAUCAAGGUUGUCAGAGAAUAUGAGCGUGCUGUUGUAUUUCGUCUGGGACGCAUCCUGUCUAAGAAAGCAAAGGGACCAGGAAUGAUCCUUGUACUUCCAUGUACAGAUACAUUUACCAAGGUUGAUCUGAGGAUUGUUGCCUGCAAGAUUCCUCCACAAGAGAUUCUCACGAGGGAUGCUGUUACUGCCCAGGUGGAUGGGGUGGUGCACUACAGGAUCCACAGCGCUGUCAGUGCAGUUGCCAAUGUCACUGAUGUCCACUCUGCCACCUUGCUCCUGGCACAGACAGCCCUGAGAAACGUUCUGGGUACACAGAGCUUGGCUCAGCUGCUGGCAAGUCGUGAGGAGAUUGCACACAGUAUCCAGGCCACCCUCGACAGUGCCACGGAGCAGUGGGGAGUCAAAGUGGCUCGUGUGGAGAUCAAAGACAUCCGGAUCCCCAUGGCCAUGCAGAGGGCAAUGGCAGCUGAGGCAGAGGCUGCUCGAGAGAAAAAAGCUAAGGUUGUGGCAGCUGAAGGAGAAAUGAAUGCUUCCAAAGCUCUCCAGAGGGCCUCCAUGGUGCUGUCUGAGUCUCCAGCAGCUCUGCCCCUGCGUUACCUGCAAACAUUAACAGCUGUGGCAGCACAGAAUAACUCCACCAUUGUCUUCCCUCUCCCUAUGAAUAUGUUUGGGAGUUUGGGGCAGAAACGUACAGGGGGAUAGAGAUUGCUCUAUGCUAAAUCCUAGGCCAAGAUAUUUAAAGGUUUUCCUAGGAAGCAAAGGGGACCCAAUUGGCAGAGUUAAAGUAGAAUCAUGUUUAUUACCUCUGCCCCCAAAAUAACUUUAAUAGUCACACACAGCUCCCACAUUGAGACUGCAUUUGCAAAGUUCAGACACUAAGCAGUUCCAGCCUAGACUCAUCUGCAAGUAAAAUGGAAGAAAAUAUGUAAAAUGUAUGUUAGAUCUGAUAUAAAAUUUUAAAGAUGUUUUCACCACAGUUUA